AUGGGCUUUACAAACGUUGUGGCAGAGGCGCAGAGGAGGAUGCUUGCGGUCGCAAGGGAUAUAUUUCUGGAAAAAUGCGAGCCCUACAUAGACGAUAAUCCCAUAAAAGGCACGCAGAACAAGGAUGAGACGGAGGUCCAGCCGGGCAUACGAAAGUUCGUUUGGGAUCACCUACAUGAUAUCAAGGAUCUACUUCAGCGGUUCUUGGUUGAGCGAAUUGCGGGGCUCCGAAAUAGGGCAGACGGACUAAGUCGGGUUUGCAUUACGCCGGAGGGAGUAGAGGAUGCAGAACCAAUCGACGCCUUCCUAAAAUACGAAGGAGGGACCCUGGCCGUGGAUAACGAGAUGGCAGGCACCGCUCCUACAAUGGACCAUUUGCUGAUUCAGACCCUAGAAAAGGGCGCGCCCGCCAUAGUUGCGGAACUCGGGGAAGGAUCAGUCGUCACGUUUAGACGCAAGGAUGAGAAGGAUUCGUGGGGAGCAAUGAUGGGGCCAAAGGAAGAGUUGAUGGCAAUGGCCGUGGAAGGGGGUCGAGAUGCUGUGAUGAACCGAGCAGAAACCUGGACGCAAAGGGAGCGGCGGUAUCUAGUGAAUCAGGCUCAGGAGGGGCAAGACACCGAUCAGAAGGGACGAGAGUUCUUCCUUAUAGAGAUGUAUGAUGGCAUCUUUAGAGAAAUAGAUCUGUUGCUUAUAGGAAAUAAGCAGCCUAUGCAAGUCAGCCUCAGGGCAAGGGAGGAAGUCGGGAAGUACGUUUUGAGGAACGGUCACCUGUUCAAGAAAGAAGAAGGAAUGAUGCCUAGGCGAGUCGUGUGCGAGAGGUCUAGGCAGCUGGAUAUAAUCCAGGCGAUGCAUGAGGGGCUAGCCGGAGGGCACCGGUCGUCCAAAGGGACUCUUGCAAAAAUCACGCCACUUUACUUCUGGCCAGGAAUGGCAGGCAUGGUGGCAACGUACUGUCAAACGUGUCUGAUAUGCCAAGAAAGGAGUUCCGCACGUGUCUUCGAGCCCCUUAGACCUACCCGGGUACUGGGGCCGGGGCACCUGGUCCACCUUGACCUUGCGGUCAUGCAUGUAUCAACGGAUGGAUACAGGUACAUCUUGGAUGCAAGGGAUAACCUCAGUGGCUACGUAGAGGCGGUAACUUUUAAGAAAAAGACGGGAAAGGGAGUGGCCGAUUGGAUAGAAGACUUCUACCUUAGACACCCCUUUGUGCGCAGAUUCAUAGCAGACAAUGGAACGAAGUUCAUCAACCAGGAGGUGUUGGGCAGGCUUAAGGCGUUGCUAGAUGACAAUCCGCACAUGUCUACGAAGGAACUAAUCGCCGCCCGUUGCCAACAGGUCGUGAGAAAUGAGGAAGCCUUGGAGGAUGUGGUCAGGCGGGUAAUGGAUAGUCGAAUGAGGGACAAAGGAACGUGGGAUCAGGUAAAGAAUAUCCGGAAGGAGCCGCUCCAGGCGGGAGAGAAGGUACUAGUUAGGAACUCGGCUUUUGAAAGUACGUGGUCUGGGCAGCUGGGAAGAAGGUUCAAAGGACCUUACAGGAUCGCUAAACGGGUGGGGUUGAACACGUUUGAGCUUAAGGAUCUUGAUAGCACUAGGAUAAAAGGGUCAUUUCCGGGACAGAGGUUGAUCAUGUUUUUUAACACGGAGCGAGUGGAGCAAUGGUUACAGGAGGCUAAGGACACGGAAAAAGGGGAGUUGACAACGUAAAAGACAGGCAGAUGGCUAUGAUUCUAUACCGCCUCCCUGCAGAAAUGAUCAUGACUGCAGGGAUUGUUCGUUUURUGUUUUUUUUCAUGUGGAACAUGGGGUGACUGUCUGGGCUGAGUAUGAAUGAGGAUGGGAGCAUGCAACAGAAAAAUUCCCUCGAGAAAUGAAAGUUGAAAAAACAUUCCAUAAAAAAACAAAUCCUUCAUAUUUAUAAAUUAUCAUUCCCAUGUUUGUCCAAUUCUAAAAUUUUCAGUUUUAUUUGAUAAGUUUUUGUCUAAAUAUGAGCUUUCCCUUUCAACUAUAUAUUUGUUUAAGAUGGAAUGAAAGUCUGGACGAAUU